AGAGAGAGAGAGAGAGAGAGAGGGGGAGGGGGAGAGAGAGAGGGAAUCACUGUGAAAACAAAAAAGAUAUGGAAACGCUUCCAACCCAAGAAGGAAAGCGUAGUCUGAGGCUUUUUUGGGUUCUUCUUUCUCUCUCACUCAUCUGGAGUAGUCCUUAAUGCCUGCACUUCUCUAGUACUUCCACAGUCUGAGUCUACUUAGAGAGAGAGAGGAGAGAGAAAUAUCAGAGAAGAUUAUGGCUUUAAUGUAGAAGGUUUGGGGGGUUGCAGUUGCAGAAGAUAGCAAAAGGGUAUUUUUCUUUUUAGAGAGAGAGAAGCUUAAUAAUACCCAAAAGGGUUUUGGAAGAGAAGAAGGGAGAAGCUUUUUUAAAGAAACUCGAAGCGGUUCACGGGAUUGUCAGUGGCUAAAAGUUGAGAUAUUUAGAGAGAGAAAGUAGGGUGGGAGGAGAGAGAGAGUGAGUGAAGCGGUGGAGGACGCGGUGGCAGUGCCUUUUGUAGUUGUUUUGCCAAGAAUAGUUAGAGGUCAAAGUGUGGGUGGGGGACUGUAGAAUCCGGCUCUUUUUUUGAAUUCAAAGAUUUAAGGAGAUUUUGUCUUGUAAUACAGUUCUUCACGAGGACCUGUCAGAAUUUUUAAAAAAGAAAAUUGAAAAAAAAAAACCCCAAUCUUUAAUCUUUAUCUCCAUUUUUUUGUUUAUCUUUUGCUCCACACUUCUCUGCUUGCAACCUGUAAAGAUUCUGAGAGAUUUUGCAGAAACCCUUUCUGCUCUCUUUGCUCACACCCACCCACCUUUUUUUUUGGAUUUUUUUUCAGAACUUUCUCACUCCUCAACUUUCUCUCUCAUCCAGAUUCUAGACACUAAAAAUGGAGAUAGCCCAUUUGCUCACACUCAGCACUUUGCUCUUUAAACUCAACAUUCCCUCUCUCUCUCACCCUAGGACUUUUUAUUCUUCACUUUCACUUGUUUCUCUCUCCUCACUUUCUCUAUCUACAUUUGGUGCUUUGUAGGUAUUUGCUUCUUCAUAAACUCCAUCUGGAUCUUUUUGACUCGCCCUUUACUUAACCCCUGCCUUCUUUUAACUUUCUCCAGCUUCCAACUUCAGAUUCUAGAGAGAGAAAGUGAGACAGCAAAAACAACAUGGGGAGAGCUACAAGAUGGUUGAAGAGCUUGCUGGGGAUGAAGAGAGAGAAAGACCACGUCGACAACACCAGCACUGUCUCCAGCGACCGGAAGGAGAAGAAAAGGUGGAGCUUCGCCAAGUCAGGGAAAGACGCAACAACCAAUCUUCCGCCCAAUGUUCCUGUCCCUGCUGACUCUGCCUGGCUCAGAUCCUACCUUGCGGACUCAGAUAAGGAGCAGAACAAGCACGCAAUUGCGGUGGCUGCGGCCACCGCAGCUGCUGCUGAUGCCGCAGUGGUUGCAGCACAGGCGGCUGUUGCGGUUGUGAGGUUGACAAGUCAAGGCGGUGGCCGCGGCGGUGGUGGCGGGAUCAUGUUUGUGAAAAGAGAGAGAUGGGCUGCAAUGAAGAUUCAAACUGUUUUCAGAGGCUAUUUGGCGAGAAAGGCUCACCGUGCUCUUAAAGGACUGGUUAAGUUGCAGGCUCUUGUUAGAGGCUUUCUUGUCCGGAAACGGGCUGCUGCUACUCUUUACAGUAUGCAAGCUCUUUUUAGAGCACAGACUAAUGUCCGAUACCAGCGUGCGCGUCGUUCUUUCAAUAAAGAGAAUAGGUUCCUACCCGAAAUUAAUGCCCGGAAGUCUGUCGAAAGAUUUGAAGAUGCAAGAAGUGAAUUUUAUAGCAGGAGGCUAUCUGCAACUUAUGAAACUUCGGUUAAUAGCUUUGAUGAAAGCCCGAAGAUUGUGGAAAUUGACACAUUCAAGCCGAGAUCCAGGUCUCGUAGGUUCAACACCAUAUUAUCUGAUUGUGGUGAAGACCUGCCUUACCAAACCAUCUCCUCGCCGCUGCCCUGUCCAAUGCCAGCUCGUAUCUCUAUACCUGACAGCAAGAAACCUCAAGAUUUUGAAUGGUACUUCAAUGGUAAUGAAUGCAAGUUCCCGACUGCCCAUAACACUCCGCGGUUUGCCACCUCUUUUCGUUCUAAUGCUCCCGGCACACCAUCCAAAAGUGUUUGUGGAGACAGCUUCUUUCGGCCUUACUCAGACUCCCCAAACUACAUGUCAAGCACUCAGUCAUUUAAUGCCAAGUCAAGAUCCCACAGCGCCCCAAAGCAAAGGCCGGAAUCAGGGCCUAAGAAGAGGCUUUCGCUUAACGAAAUGAUGGCAGCGAGAAACAGCAUCAGCGGCAUUCGAAUGCAUCGAUCAUGUAAUCAAAUCCAAGAAGAAGUCUCGAAUGAUUGAGAAAUCUGCAACGAGAAAAAAAAAAGUCCUCUUAUCUUUUGGUUAAACGUCAGGCAUGACUUUGCAUAGCAGAUGGAAAAAAAAAAAAAAACAGAUUGGAGAGAGGGGAACAACUUCUCUUUUGCCUUAUUUUCCACUUUAGCAUCAACAAUGAUAGGGUAGAACACAGAGUUCUUGUGUAAAUUCUUUUGUUUUUUAUUUUCAAGUUUCUUUCAAAUUGUGCCUUAUGAGUUAUGAGUCAAUGAAAUGAAAGGAGCUUACAUGUUAUUUUCUGAGAA